AUGUAUGGCUUCACGCUCCAAAGCCAGUACACGGAUAUCUACAAGACGUACGCGCGCAUUUACCAGGUGGAGGAGGAGGAACGAGAGCAGUUUCGGGAGGAGCUGGUGAUUAUAGAGAGGGUGCUUAAAGGGAGAAAGCUGUGGAGGAGGAGGGGAGGGGAAGGGGGUGGGAAGGAGGGGAGCGCGGGUGGGGAGAUUGGUGGUGGUGUGGUUAGACGGGGGGAUAAGGCUGCUGGUGCUGGUGCUGCCGGUGCUAGCGGUGUAGAUAAGGGAGAGGCGGAGGGAGGCAAUGGUGCUACAGAAGGAAAAGGAGAAACCCACAAUGCUGUGGCUGAUAAGGAUGCUUCUUGUAAGGAGGAUGUUGGUAAGGAGAAUGCUUUGAAGGAGACAGAGAGUGGAGGCAAAGAGGGGGAAGGCAAGGCUGUUUCCAGUACAGGAGCAGCAGAUGGGAAGACUGGAGACGAAGGGAAAGAGGGUCUGAAGGCGGCUGAAGAGAAGAAUUUGCAAGAUGGUGAGGAGGGUGGGGGAAAGAAGACAUCUGUGGAAGGUGGUGGUGAUGGUGAGGGCGGGGCGAAGGUGGCGAGUGGAGUGGAGGGAGAAACCAAGGUUGAGGUUAAGGGUAAGGGUUCAAAACCGAAAGCAGAGGAGGAAGAGGAGGAGGAGGAGGAGGAAGAAGAGGAGGAAGAGGAGGAGGAGGAGGAAGAGGAGGAAGAGGAGGAAGAGGAGGAAGAGGAGGAAGAGGAGGAAGAGGAAGAAGAAGAAGAGGAAGAGGAGGAGGAAGAAGAAUACGAGGAGGUGGAGACAGAGGAGGAGGUGGAGGAGGAGGAAGAAGAGGAGGAGGAGGAGGAGGAGGAGGAGGAGGAAGAGGAGGAGGAAGAAGAAGAGGAGGAAGAGGAAGAGGAAGAGGAGGAGGAAGAGGAAGAGGAGGAGGAAGAAGAGGAGGAAGAGCAGAAAAAACCAAAAGAAGCAGGAAAAACAGGGGAUGGGAAGGAGAGAGAGGAAAACAACAAGACCACAGCUUCAUUUGCAAAGGAUAGCUCCUCCGGAAGCCCCUCUGUGGAUAAGUCAGGAGACAAGUCAGGAAGCAAGUCAGGAGACAAGUCAGGAGUCAAGUUAGAUCCGGAAGGGGAGAAAGAGGAGAAAGGACCUACUGCAGCGCAACCAAAAGCAGAUGGAGCAGCAGCAGCAGCAGCAGCAGAAGUAGCAGCAGCAGCAGAAGUAGCAGCAGCAGGAGAAGUAGCAGCAGCAGCAGAAGUAGCAGCAGCAGGAGAAGUAGCAGCAGCAGCAGAAGUAGCAGCAGCAGGAGGGCAACAGAAAGAGCCAAGUAGCCCAUCCAAACAGAAAGAGCCAAGUAGCCCAUCCAAACCUGCCAAGCUAUCAAAGCUGGCGAGUGUUUUGUCUCCUGCUGCCACGGCCGCUGCUGUGGAGGCGCAGAGAGAAGCAGCAGAGGCCGCUGCUGCUCUCGAAGCCGUGGCUAAUAAGACGCUGAAAGCUGCGAGGGAGGCACAGGGGGGGGCAGGAGGGGUGGAGGGAGCGGGGGUGGACGCACAGAGAGAAGCAGCAGAGGCGGCUGCUGCUCUUGAAGCCGUGGCGAAUAAGACACUCAGAGCUGCGAGGGAGGCACAGGGGGGUGGGGGAGGGGGAGGAGAGGAAGGGAGGGUGGGAGCAAAGGACGUGCGAGUAACAGAGGGCGACGGGGGAGAGAAAGGGGGAGAGGGGAAGGUUGAUGGAGGGGAGGAGAAGGGGAAGGGGGAAGUUGCGGAGGGGGAGGGGAGGGGCCAGCAGGAAAAGCAGGAAGGCACGGAGAGGAGUGGCGGUGAGAAGGAAGGAGAUGAAGCGGUGGGGGGGAAGCAGCAAGGAGAUGCAGAGGGGAAUGGGAGAGAGGCGGAAGGAGGUGUGGGAGAUGCGAAGGGGGAUGGGAGAGAUGCAGAGGGGGGUGGGGGAGAGGCCGAAGGGAAGGGGAGUGCGAUGCGGCAGGCGUUCAACACAGCGGGGUUUCCGAUGCUUGGGAGGGUGCCGUGGGGGCGAGAGCUGCACUCCCUGGUGAUGGGCGGCGUGCCCAUGAACCUGCGCGGCGAGGUGAGUGGAUAG